AAUUUCAAUAUCACUUUGUAACAAAGUGUCUUGUUCUGUAAGGUCUAUAACUAUACAAUAGUAUCAUGAGCUGUCAUCACUCAUUCAUUAGUAUUCAAUGUUGAUUGACAUUAGAGAACAAGAAGCUUUUCUAUCGGUGUCAGUCGUUUGAUAAAGGCAGUCUACUAUGUUAUUCUAUAAAUGUCAUAAUCAAAUAGUUUAUGAUGUUAAUAGACAAGAUACACUGUAUAGACAUUAACGUAAUAAAAAUCUAUGUUAUGUUUGUUAGUUUUUGGAAGUAAUUAUAAUUCUAAAAACUUUUUGAAUGCAUUACAUAUCAUAUUGAGUUUAUCUUGAAAUAUUUAUUUAUACAGAUAAUAAAUUUCUUAAAAUUAUCUUCCAUGUGUUCGAUUUCCCAAGAUUAUCAUUUUUUGUAAUUUUCUUUUUAUUGUUUUUUUUGUUAAACAUUGAAUGAUAUCUAAUUCUUGAAGUAUUUUUUUUUUACGGAAAAAAAAGAAAGUCUAAUGGGAUCAAAUCUCAAGAUUAUUAUCUUGUAUUGUUUCGUUUUUUUUUUGCCUUGAUGAUACAUUUGAACUUUAAAUUAAUUAAUAUUCUAUUUUAUACAAUAAGAUAAUUGAAAUCUAAAUGAAAUUAAACAAAGAUUAAUUUAUAAAAUAGAGGUCAAUCUCCGGCUGAUGCGGAAGUCAAUUAUCUUCGUGUUGUUAGUUCAUUAGAUAUGUAUGGUGUAGAAUUACACAAAGCAUCUGUUAAAGUAUCGAAUAUAAAUGAUAAUGUAAAUAAUUCAAUUGUUGAAUUAUAUGUUGGUGUUUGUGCUAUUGGUAUAUCUGUUUUUCAAAAUUCAACUAAAUUAAAUACAUUUCCUUGGGAUCGAAUUACAAAAAUAUCUUUCAAACGUCGAACAUUCUAUAUUCAACUUGUUAAAAGUCUUGUAAGUAUAGAUUUUAUAAAUAUAAAUUCAAUAAGUUAG